AUGCCAAGGAAAAAGCAAAAUCAGGACUCAGGGGAAGAAGCCGUCGUAGGCGGUGUUGCGGAAUAUGCCGAUCCGCCAUCGCCGCCGCCAGUUUCGAAAUCGCGCAAACGCGUCUUCCGUUGCCAAUUCUGUGCGAAGGAGUUCCUCCGAAAUGAGCAUUUACAACGACAUGAGCGACUACAUACCAAGGAGAAACCUUUCAGCUGCUCAACUUGCUCUCAAACAUUCACCCGGAGAGAUCUGCUCGCCCGCCAUGUACGGAUCUCGCAUGCUCCUUUGGUCGAUCGCUGUGACUCAGGAUCAGUUCCUCAUGGCCAGGAGGAGCCUCAACCCACUGAGCGUGACCUCGGUCCUUCAAUAGAUGUGCACUCGUCCACCGCACAUCACGAAGGAUCUUCAUGGAAUGCCUCAAAUCAGUGUUAUCCAAAUGUCACGUCUUCCGGUCCAGGGUUGUCCCUGUGUCCAGACCCAAGGGUCCCGGCGAACUCAACAUUAUCUGCUGACAACACAGGGGUAUUUUCACCCCAGCUGACGGGCGAUGUACCGCACAUCUCAUGGGCACAGCCGAGUAGUAAUUUCGGGGACUUUGCUCUGUUCAUUGACAGCAUGGACCUGCCUUGUGGAAAUAGUGCUGCGUUUCUGCUCGACCAACCAACCUCGGCCCUUCCAUCCCAUCCAUUAUUCGGUGACCUGAACGAACUACAGCCGGAUGGUCAGAAAAAUCUAUCACAUAUGCCCCUACUUUCUCCAGCCGAGGAUACAUCAACACCACGCCUCUUCGAUGAGUUUUCAUCUACAUUUCCUUCCUUCGAACCACCUUCUAAACAUAAUUUCGAGCCCUGGAAAGUGACCCAGCAAGACUGGGAGCAUUUACUGAGCGAGCUUCAAAAGAUGGUUUCCGUCCUCCCUGCCAACUUCUUACUCCCAUCACGUCACACCAUGACUCGCUAUAUUGCAACCUAUUUCUCGGGGUUUCAUCGUCACCUACCGUUUCUACACCUACCAACUUUCAAACCUACAGAACACCCAGUGGAGCUGAUCCUAGGUAUGGCCAUCAUCGGAGCACAGUCUGCAUUUGAUAACGCCAAUGCUGUUAUGUUCUUCCGAGCGUCGUACGCCAUCACUUUGGAGCGUUUACGGCGCCGCAAAGCCGAGCUUUGUGAAAUGAAAUAUUUAACAGAAGACGGAUCGAACAUCCGACCAGCUCCGCAACAGAUCCCCCAUCUCAAACCUGGACAGCCAAUUCGAGACGUUCCGACAAACCGACCCGUGGGCCAGCACGGAUCUGACCAGUUCGACCCUCUACCUAUAGCUCAGACUCUCCUUUUGCUGAUGGCAGUGGCAACAUGGGGCAACUCAAAAAUGAUCUACGAUGAGGCAAUUGGCCUACAAAAUAUCCUGGUCAAGCUCAUGCGAGAUGAAAAACUUUUAGAGCCGCACAUCCAACCAUCGGAAGAUAUGGCCUGGGAUGAAUGGAUCCGUGUGGAAGGGUUUAAGAGAACAGUUGCCAUCGUAUUCUGUUUCUUGGUGUUCCAUACGAUAGUCUACGACACUCCACCAGCGAUACAGAAUUCAGAACUCAACAUUCGUCUCCCGUCGUUGGAGUCAAGCUGGGCAGCACGGAGUGAGAAGGAGUGGCGUGAGACCCGCAGACAAUACAAGCCCGAGUCUUCUUUCCAGUCUUGUUUCACCCAACUUUUCUCGAGGGAAGGCAAUGCGAAGAAUUUGAGCCACCAUGAAUGUUCCUCAUUGAGCGCUUACAUUCUCAUACUUGCGCUGAUCCAACACAUCUAUCUACUAAGAGAAAUGGCUCGCUACAGACCUCCUCUCGAUCAAGGACUCGCUUCAAACGAUGUCGCAGACAUGGAACAAGCACUAAGGAACUGGCAACACAGAUGGUACAUGGAUCCAGAAUCAUCAUUCGGCCCAGGAAAUCCGCAUGGUCCCAUUUCCUUUAACUCAACUGCUCUCCUCCGAAUGGCAUACAUACGAUUAACCGUUGACGUGGGUCCGUGGCGCGCACUCAACACCCACGAUCCUCACGACAUAGCAGAAUCUAUCCACCGCAGCCCUGGACUCGAACCAACACGCAAGUUGACUCGUGCAGUACUGUACUCCGCCCAUGCGUUGAGUAUUCCCGUCAAAAUUGGUGUCAAUAUCGUGGCGCGAAAUCAGGCCUUCUCCUGGUCUCUUCAACAUUCACUCUGCGCCCUGGAGUGUGCCUUCGUCUUAAGCAAGUGGUUGAUUGCUUUACAGCUCCGUUCUUCUGGUGUCUCCAUGGACGAAGACGAAACGCGACUACUCGCUUAUAUAGCUGAUAUGGUCGCAGAGGCAGAUUCCGGAUUUAGCAUUGAUAGCCAUGGCGAUCUGACCGCAAAACUGCCUGAUUUGUGCAUUCGGGUUGUUCAGAUCUGGGCGAAGCUUCUGAGCGGAGUGGCCGUUUGGGAUGUGGUGCGCAUGAUAGGGAAGGCUUUGGCGGCAUAUGGCGAGAUACUCGAACGGGAAUGGGGUAAGAUCAUGACCGAGAGAGGUAUAUUUAAUCAUACAGGAUAG